CACAACCAUACCACCUUCUACAAACAUCCACACCCAAACUACAACACAUCCAUUGAAAACAUGGCUUCCAACUGGUCAGUAGAGGUCGAGACCAAAGUCCCCGCAGCUCCCCUCUUCAAAGCCACCUUCACCGACUGGCACAACCUCGGCCCUAAGCUCCUCCCCGACAUCAUCACCGGCGUCACACCACUUUCCGGCGAUGGUAAUUCGGGGAGCAUCAGACAGAUCAACUUCACCCCAGCGGUGCCUUUCAGCUUUGUGAAGGAGCGGCUUGAUUUCAUCGACCAUGAUAAGCUUGAGCUCAAGACUUCGGUUGUGGAAGGUGGAGAUUUGGGGAAGAAGUUUGAGUCUGCAACUUCACAUAUUAAGGUGGAGCCCAAGGGAAAUGGGUCUGUUGUUAAGCUGUCCGCGGCUUAUAAGCCCAUCCCGGGUGUUGUUGAUGUUGCUGAGGAUAUCAAGAAGGUGAAGGAAGGUUUUGUCGGUAGCGUCAAGGCUGUGGAGGCGUAUCUUGCAGCCAACCCUGCAGCUUAUGCUUAGACAUGUUAUGUUUGCUUGGGUCAGACUGUGUUUGAACUUGUUGUGUGGUAAUUAUAAAGAUAGUUGGUUUGUGUUUUAAGGAGAGCUUUUGUAAAAGUACUCUGUGCUUGGAUUGUACUUUGUUCUAUGUUUUGUUUUGUUACGAUGAAGUUAAAUAAGAAAUAAUAAUAUUAUGAUAAA